AACUGUAGAGGCAUUUGCAGUCAUCCAUGCUUUGCGUCUUUUGAAAAAGGACUUCGAAGUCGAGACUUGAACAAGCCGCCAGGCUGAACAUUUCAUCCGCAACGGAGCGCAGAGCCAGCGAGCCGAUGCACGGGAAGGGAACUUCAUCCUCAAUCUCCCCUCCUCGCCCUCCGCCGCCGGCUUCCCCUUCCACCGGCGACUCAUCGCCUCUCGCGGUGGCGGCGCUCCUGUGCUGUGUCGUCUCCAUCACCAACGGCCCCCGUUCUCGGCCCGGCGCAUCUCAAUCGCCUCUUCAUCUCCAUCGCUCUUUAGAAGGCAGGGCAGCAAGAGAACAGGGUCAGUGGAUUCGAAAGUGAUUGUAAAUGAGGCAGGAUGCAUUAUCAGCGGUCAGCAGACUUCUUCGAGGCGAUUCACGUGGAGCAAAGGCAGGACCAAGUUCCUCACCAAUUACUUGGCGCAACAGGCUUCAGAUGCCAAGGGAAAAAGAUGCAUUGUUCAGGGAGGAUACUCUGCGAGAAGCUUCAGAGGUUGUUUCUCAGCGGUUUCAGCGAGAGUGCAGUGUUGCUGAUGUACAGAGGAAGUUGACAGCUCUAGGGGAGAGAUGGCAAAGGAUAGAGAAGAUGAAGUCCCUUGGUUCUGCGUCAUGGGAUCAUGCCACUAGGACGAUAAGCAUGCGAGAAGAGGAUUACCAGCAGUACUCCAUGGAUCACCCGAAGGAUUCAGGGAUGCUGAAUAGGCCUAUUGAGGAUUAUGAUGAGCUUUCUUUCAUAUUCAGUGAUGAAUAUGAUCCAUCAGCAGAUGGAAUUCAGUUGAAAAAGGUCCAGAAUGCCCAUUCUGACGAUAGUAGGAUAUCUGAAGAUCCCGGGGAGCAGAGGAUAGCUGGUGAGGACAUCCGCUACUUAGUUCUUAAGAUUGGGGAGUUAAUAGAUGCCAUAAAAAGCUUAAAGCCCAGAGACUUUGCUGACGACUUGUGGAAAGCGAUUACAGCAUGCGGUUACGACAGGAUGUCAAUCACUGCGUUUGAGUAUUUUCUGAAGAACGAGGUUGAAGGGAAGAUUUUCCUUGUGGGUAGCCCAGAUCUUCGCAAGGAAUGGUUAGCUAAGUUCUUCUCUAGUCUUCUGUGACCAUUCUUGAUAUUUUCAAUCCAGCAGUUCAGUUCUGUAUCUGUAUGAAUGGAAACCUUAGCACAGAAGAACAAUGGUAAUAACAUGAGAGAAGAUGAUCUGAUUUUUAUCA